GAUUUUAAUCAUAAGAUCUAAAACAUGAGAAUACGUAAAAAUGUGUGGCCACGUCGUCAUGUCGAUUGGUUGUGCUUCCUAUUGAUCGGGAUUUCUAUGCCUUUUGUAUUUAUUUUUGAAAUGAUCGUUGUGUUGCCCUUCAUCCAUCCGCCUGGAAGUUUCUUACACACAUUUACUUUCGCUAUGGCUGUUUUUCUAAUUUUCAACAUUACUGGAAAUUUUGCAGCAUGCAUAAUGGUGGAUACAAGCGUAGAUGGAUUACUAAAAGUUCCCGAAAAACCUUUUUCAGCGGGUUGGCACAAAUGUGUAAAAUGCCUAAAAAUAGUUCCACCACGUAGCUGGCAUUGCAAAAUAUGCAAUUGUUGCAUAUUGAAACGCGAUCAUCACUGUCCAUUCACAGGUUGCUGUGUGGGUUAUCGAAAUCAUCGUUAUUUCAUUAUGUUUAUUCUAUUUCUCUUCAUUGGAUCAACCUAUGCUUUCAUUUAUAAUAGCGUCUUUUUAUGGACUUUAAAAUCUGGUAACUGGUUAUCUUUUUUGAAAAUCCUUUGUCUACCUUUAAUGUUUGUCACCGGUUCUUUGUGGUCUAACAUGAGCUUAAUAUUUUAUAAUCUUAACAUUCUUGCUGUAGUUUACAGCAUCGUUCUUCUUAUUUAUCAUUUGCCAGUGAUAUUGAAAGGUGGAGUUAGCUAUGAAAGGAGGAAGGGGGCUUAUCCUUAUGGAAACGACAGGUGGCAAGCCAACUUACAAGAGGUUUUUGGUAAACGCAUGCACUUAGCAUGGCUUUCGCCUCUUUUGCGAAGUGAAUUAAUCGACAGCACUGAUAUUUGGAAGAUUGACUAAAGCCAAUAAAGAAAAGAUUUUUUUCACUUCAACUUUAUAGUUCAUUUAAGAAUUUUAUGAAUAGCAGGAGCGAACUAGUUAUCUAAAAGGAAUUUGUAUAUCUUCAAAUACAACCUAUACAUAUACAAAAAGAAAUGUAAAAUCAAAAGUAUAUACAAAUAAUUUUUAUACCCACCAU